AUGACCGGAGAAGAACAACCAUUCAAGAUUGCGGUUUCCGACAGCGAGAUCGACCUUUUGCGCAAGAAACUUGAAUUGACCAGGUUCCCCGACGAACUCGAGGAAGCUGGACGUGCUUAUGGUGCUCCUUUGGCCGAUGUCCGUCGCUUCGUGGAGUAUUGGAGGAACGGUUAUGACUGGCGCAUCCACGAAGCCAAGUUGAACGACGAGCUUCCGCAGUUCACGCGCGACAUCGAAAUCCAGGGCCAUGGUGUCCUCAACAUCCACUACAUACACCAGAAGAGUCAGGCUGUCGAUGCUAUUCCUCUCGUCUUCAUCCACGGAUGGCCCGGAAGUUUCAUCGAGCAUCCGAGCUUCCACGUCGUUGCACUGAGCUUGCCUGGGUACGGCUUCUCCGAAGCUCCGAAGAAGAAGGGAUUUGAAGUGGCUCAGAUGGCAGAGACUACGCACAAAUUGAUGCUUGCUCUCGGAUAUAGCGAAUACGUUGCACAAGGGGGUGAUUGGGGUUCUGCUAUUGCCAGGGAACUGGCGCACCGCUAUGGACCCAAGCAUGUCAAAGCAUGGCACACGAAUAUGCCUCUCACAUACCUUCCUCACCCGGUCAGCCGACCUCUCCUAUUGCUCAAGCACCUCCUGUUGGGCAAUACAGCAAAGGAUAAAGAACGUCUUAGGCGAUGCGAAGAAUUUGAAAAGACUGGCCAAGGAUACAUGUGGGAGCAGACAACGCAACCCCAAACUCUUGGAUAUAGCCUCGCAGAUUCCCCAGCAGGUCUUCUGGGCUGGAUUUACGAGAAGUUGUAUCGAUGGACUGACGACUACAAAUGGACUGAGGAUGAAGUCUUGACGUGGAUGUCAAUCUACUGGUUCUCUCGAGCUGGACCCGCUGCCUCCGUUCGAAUUUACUAUGAGUUCCUUCAUGCUCGCGGUCAAGGCGCCUGGUUUUCCAACCUGGAGACUGCUAUCCCGGUUGGACAUUCGUACUUUCCGAAGGAACUACUUCCGUUCCCCAUCAAGUGGUUUUCGUGGAGUCUUCCCAACUUGGUGUUUGAAUCUGAACAUGAAUUUGGAGGCCAUUUUGCAGCCUACGAAGUGCCGGGAGCCUUGGUCGGAGAUCUGAGGAAGAUGUUCGGGAAGGGAGGACCAGCUUUUGCCAUCGUACCGGGUAAAACGGGGUAUGCCUAAUUAUCCAGCUAGUUUGGAGCAGUCAAUUCGUCACUACCCAUCAGCUCGGACACUGUGUCA